AUGACAGAGAAACAGAAAAUGUUGGAAAGAGACGACGAAUUUUCCCAAGAAAAUUGGUGUUUGGCCCCUCUCACCACACUACUCACUUCCUUCAAGAUUUUCCAAAGAAACCUCAAAUUGUUCUCUUCCAUAUUUGCCCUCACCACCCUCCCACUCUCCCUUCUCCUCUGUUCGCUCUCUCUUUCGUCCCACCCCAUGAUGUCCCAAAUCUACCACCUCGAGGCUCUGGCCAUGGUGGCCCCCACACGCUUUGAGGCCCGGCAAGUGUUGAAACAGUCACGCGAGGAAGCCCUCUCUCUCCUCCGCCUCAAGGCCCUCUACUUCGUCCCAUGCUACGUUCUCUCACUCAUCGCCACCGUAAUGGCCGUGAGCUCCACCGCGGUGUCAUUAUCCGGCAAGCGCGCGAGCCUCUCCACGGCGGUUACGGCCGUCAAGGCGACGUGGAGGAGGCCGCUGGUGACCUCGAUAUGUGUGUACGCUAUCAUGCUGGUGUGCAUUCAAGUACCGCGCAUGUUAGCGGCGCUGCUUAGCACGGCGGCUCUGAGACUCCCUGCGGCGGUGGCCGGGGCGGUUCUUGAGGUGUACUUGAUGGCGGUUGUUAGCUUAGGCCUCGUGGUCUCUAUCGUGGAGGAGCGGGUUGGUUUGGACGCAGUCUGGGCCGGGUCGGACCUCAUGGAAGGCAGGAAGUUUUGUGGGUGGGUCCUAUCGGGUUUGUUGGUUGUGGUGUCGGGUGCAAUCAGUGGUGAAAUAAAGCGGUCAACGGACGGUGAAGAUUCGUCGAGGGCAGAAUGGACGGUUGCUAUGGGGCUGGGGAACAAAGCGGGUAUGAUUUGUUUGUUCGGGUUGGUGGUGGUUUGGAGCUAUGUUGUUACAACGGUUUUCUAUAGCGAGUGUAGGAAGAGACACGUAACAAGCGAGCAUAUAGAUUAUGGUACAGUUUAA